AUGCCGCUGGGGCUGAUACUGAGCUCGAUCGGGAGGUCGAUGCGGCGGAAGCGGACGUCCUCGCUCAACAUCCUCUCCUCCAAGAGGGCGCCCCGGGAUUACUACAAGGGCAAGAACUGCAAGCCCACCGGGUUCCACACCCGCAAAGGUGACAAGUUAGACAGCAACUCUGAUCUGAACCUAAUUGUCUUCUCGGUAUCUUAUGCCCGCUGUUCGAGACCACAGCUCUUAUCACCUUCUGCUUCGAUGCGUCUUUUACAUUCAAAGAUGCAGGCCAUGGUCUGGUCGGUUGAGAAAUCUAAACGAUUUUGA